CUUUAACGCUGGAGCGGCAGCGACUAAAAUGUUACACGCUUAACGUGUAAUCCAGAGGAAAAUGAUAAUUAUUCCAGCCCAGAUCUGUAACACCAGAGAGAGGAAAACCAUCGGCUGGAUUCCUGACUGACUGAAUCCAGAUUAUUGUUUGUUUUCUGUUGUUUCCAAGCGAUGUGAAAGUUAUGGAGGUAAACUGCGGUCAAAGUGUUAUUUGGAUCCAUUUCGGGUGAAUGAGAGCGCAGAUGGAGAACGACCUGAGGCUGGAGUCAAGUUUAUGGGUUGGGAAUAAGAGAUACCUGGCUGUCCUGACAGGCUGGCAUCUCAAAUGGACCGAGGCUGACAAGAAGAACCGCGAUAAGAAAGCAGUUUCAGUUCCUGUGGCCGAGGUGGUGGGAGUGGAGGAGGGCCGGGUGGAGAUCCUGCCUCACAAGUCUGUGGAAGAUACAGACAGAGACUUCACAGUUUUCUAUGUGAAGCGCAGCAGCAGUAGGAGUUCUUCUGGGCUGCUGUGGAGAUUGGGCCGGACUCAGUUUACGUGUCCCAGUCGGGUCCUCAGAGAUCAGUGGACAAGACACAUUCGGACAGCCCUCAAAACUCAUAGUCCCCUGCGUCCACACAGGCUGAUGGUGUUUAUCAACCCCUUUGGAGGAAAGAAAAAAGGAAGACAGAUCUACCACUCACAGGUUGCCCCACUGUUUGAGCUGGCUGGCAUCAGCUCACAUGUAAUAGUGACUGAACGGGCCAACCAGGCCAGAGACCACCUGCUGAAGAAAGACCUGACAGGCUUUGAUGGUGUGGUGUGUGUGGGCGGCGACGGCAUGUUCAGUGAAUUGCUCCAUGGAGUCAUUGGAAGAACACAGCAGGAGGCAGGCCUUUGUGAGAACGAUCCUGCGGUCACUCUGCAGCAAUGUCCUCUCCACAUUGGCAUCAUCCCGGCAGGCUCCACAGACUGUGUUUGCUACGCCACAGUGGGAGUGAUCGACCCUGUUACCUCAGCUUUACACAUCGUCAUUGGAGACUCUCAGCCUUUGGACGUGUGUUCGGUCCAUUAUGGCCCUGGUCAGGUGAAAUACUCUGUAUCUCUGGUGGGCUAUGGCUUCUAUGGUGAUGUCCUAGCUGAGAGCGAAAAACACCGCUGGAUGGGACCCUUCAGAUAUGACUACUCAGGUGCAGUGGUGUUUCUGAGUAACAGAAGCUACAGGGGCACCGUCCAGUAUUUGCCAGCAGACCCACUGAUGUCCAGCCCGAGAGAUAAAACCCGCUGCUUGUCCGGGUGUGGUGUUUGCUCCAAAAGCACAGAGAAACUUUUCACAAACUCCUCGGAUGAAGGCUCUCUGUACAGCUCCUACUCUGGGCCGUUCAGUAAUGAAUCAGAAGAUGAUUGGGUGAGUGUGGACGGCAGGUUUAAAUGUGUGUCUUUAACAUGCAUGUCCAGCUCAUGCGCCAAAAGUCCUCUGGGUCUCUCUCCCUCUGCCCACCUGGCUGAUGGAACAGGAGAUCUUAUCCUAGUAUGGGACACUAACCCUCUGGGCUUCCUCACCUAUCUCUACAGACACACAACCUCUCAGGACCAGUUUGACCUGCCAUUUGUGGAGGUUCAUCGUGUGAAGGCCGUGCGUUUCUCCCUGGCAAGCGAAGGAGAGGAGGCAGAGGACAACGGUGGUCUAAAUAUUGGGAUGGAUGGAGAAGAUGGAGGAUAUAAUGGAAGUACAAGCAGAGCUGGAUCGAAGCAAAACCUGGCAACAAGACCAGAGGGACAGACUAAGACAAGCAAGGAUAAAACACUGAACCCCUUCAUGUGUGGCCUGUGCUGCAGAAAAGCUCCUACUGCGUCAGUCUGGAACUGCGACGGAGAAAUUCUGCCUUUUCCUAAAAUCUUCUGCAAGAUUCAUGGCCAGUUGGUGCGUCUGUAUGCCAGGGGCAUCGAAGAUGGGGCCUCCUUAAAAGACUGCGCUGAGGAGAGGCUGGAGUGCAACAGAACGUGUAGCCUACCUAGAUGAAGUCUGAAAAUCCAUAUAAAAUAUAUCAGAUGGGUGUUCAAGCGUUUGUAGAAUUGAUGAAACUGCAGCAAGUCCUGCAGUUUGAUUGCCAAGGAGGUCCUCAAGUUACAGUGUACAAUAACCACUAAAAUGAUUUAAAUAUAAAUGGUAAAGAGACCAUUUAUUAAUAUUUAACAGAUUAUUUAAUGUUUGAUUCAUAUGUUAUAUGCAUCUAAACUAUUUAUAAAAGGUAAAUAUUAAUCCCACUGAUGUCAGGGUGCAACAUGGCAGGGCAAGUUAAAA